AUGAUCCAAAUAAAAAAAGAAGGUUUUCUCAAAAAUGGUAAUAGUAUCGAAACGAACAAUACGAGUGAAUGCAAUGGAAAAGUAAAAGAGGUAAAGGAAGCUGAAGAAAUAAAAGAAACGUCGAUAAAAAAAAAAACUGUUAAAAUGGUGAGUUUUCUUCUCGACGAAGAUGUGAAGAAAGAGGAUUAUUUCACCAAUAAUAUCCCAGAGAAGGUACUCCAAAAAAAUAGCACUAAUAAUUUUGCAAACAGUUCUGAAAAAAAAGCCAAAUUAAAAGAUAAUAUCAAUUCAUUUAACUAUGCCAAUAUAUCUAAUAACUAUAAUGAAAAAGAAGAAGUUCAUUUAACAUAUGAUAAACCCCAAGCUGGCAUAACACAUGAUUAUAAAGAUUGCAAAAAGGAUUCGCCUUACGAAGUAUAUGAUAAAAGAGAGUAUGAAGAAAAUGAUCAAAAAAUAAAAAUUUCAAACGGUCUUAAUGUAAAGGAAAUAAAAAGUAUAUUACGUGUAAAUGGACAAAUAAAUAGUUUAAAAAAUGGAGGCAAUUAUAAAGAUAGCGAUAGUAGUACUAAUGAAGGAACUGAUGUUGAUGGACAAUGGGGUGAGCAAAGUAAAUCCAUAGAUGAAGAAACAAAUAAUAAUGAACGAAUUAAUUUUGAACAAUCAUAUAAUGAAAGUCUAAAAAACUACAUGUCAUCAUCAUUUGUAGAUAUGCUGAACACAAUUCAGAAAAAUAAACAGAACCACACAAACGAUGCUGGCACUUCUAACCAAUUGCAUCAAAUCAAACAUGAAGAGCAAAAUGUAAUUAAUCCAUCAAUGAAUUAUCAAGAUAAAGAUUUUUCAAAUGAAAUAGAAUCAACUAGUCAUCGAAUAAUCCAGUGUAUACUUUGCGGAGAUAAUAUAAUAGCAAAUAAUUCGAAAAUGUGUAAUAAUUGUUUAUUGCAAAAUAUUGAAAGCAAUAGUAUGAAUAUAAACAAAGAUACUUAUCUAAUUUACUAUUGUAGAGAAUGUAAAAGGUAUUUACAUAAUAAGUGGGUAUAUUGUGAAUUAGAGAGUAAAGAAUUAUUAGCCUUAUGCUUGAAAAAAGUGACAAAGUUAAAAAAAUUAAAAAUUUUAGAUUCGAAAUUUUUAUAUACAGAACCUCAUAGUAAAAGAAUUAAAAUACAUUUAACGGUUCAAGAAGAACUAAUAAAUAAUUUUAUUAGUGAAAUGGAAUUUAUAUUACAUUUUGUUAUUAAAUAUACACAAUGUGACGAUUGCAAAAAAAAGUAUACACCCUAUACAUAUAAUACAUGCGUAUCAGUCAGACAAAAAGUAGAUCAUAAAAAAACAUUAUUGUUUUUAGAAAGCUUAUUAUUAAAAUCUCAAGUGAAUGAAAAUAUAAUUAAUAUUGUUUCAAACCCUGAUGGUUUAGAUUUCCAUUUCUUGUCAAGAACAGAUGCCUUAAAAUUUUGUGAUUUUAUUUUAAGUAAAACUAUCUCAAAAUGUAAAAGUUCAAAACAUUUAAUAAAUCAUGAUGCAAAUAAUAAUACUUAUAAUUAUCUAUAUUCAUUUUCUAUUGAUAUAUGCCCUAUUUGUAAAUAUGAUCUUAUAUUUUUUCCCAAAGAUUUCUCUAUCAAAUAUGGAAUCAAAAGUACAUUCUAUUUAUGUCUCCACGUAUCUAUUUUUAUCAUAUUAGUUGAUCCAUUUGGAUCAGCAAAAAGUGUAUAUAUAUCGCAAGAAAAAUAUAAUAAAUACCCAUUCGUAGCACUACUCAAUAAGAGUGAUGCAAAAUCUUUUUUAAUAUUAAACAUUGAAUAUAUUAACACUGAAGAAAAUUCUAAAAAAGCAAAUACUAAAAAAGAAAAAAAUAUCAAAAAACAUAAAAAGAAACGCCACAAUCGAGACAAUAGUGAUAUUGGCGAUAUGGAAGAAUUUACCAAUGAAACUUUUAGUGAACAAAUAAACAAACUUAAACGUAAAACAAAAAGCAUUGAAGAUUCUGAACAAAAUGAUAGCGAAUUGCAUAAAGUAAUCGAAUAUGCAUCUUCGGAAGAUCAGUCAUACCAUACAAACAUUUACCAGAGCAGUUUAGCUGAUACAAAAAGCUGUAAAUCAGCUACGAGGAAAGUAAAAUUAGAAAAACUUAUAUAUGCAUAUGUUGAGUUAUAUGACGAAUCUAAUGGAUCUACCAUAUUAACAAAAACAUGUAAUGCAAAAUACUUAAAUCCAGGAGAUUAUGUCAAUGCUUACGAUUUAAGAAAACACUCUUUUGAUAAUGAUAUAAGUCUACAUCUCGAAGAAAAUGAUAAUUAUAAUAUUAUUAUUAUAGAUAAAGUUAAAUCAAAAGAAAUAAAAAAAAUAGAAGAUGAAUUAAAAAUCCAAAACAAUAAUAUUGAAACAUUGAAAAAUAUUAGUGAUGAGGACAUAUUCAAUAGAAUUGUCAAUAACAAUUGUUUAGGUUUAGAAAAUUUAAAAAUUACUUCAUCCUGA